AUGGUCACUUUGAGGUGCGUUUCCUUUUUUGGUCAAAGAAAACUAUUUAAAAUUCUUAUAUCGAGCAGACCAGAAUUGAAAAAAAAAGCAUUAUUGGGCUUUAAAUCUCAAUCAAGUUUCGGUUUUCGAACAGAAAAAAAUAAUAAUUUAUAUUAUUCAACAUGGUUUAAAAAGUUACUCUGAGUAAUAAUCCAAUCAGGAAAGUCCAAUUUUUUUCUCAAGUUCCUUUUUUUAUUUAAAAUCCAAUAAGCCUUAGAAAUAAAAAUUUUCACGCUAAAAAAAUCUACUUUCUAAUAUAAUGUUCACACAAGAUUCACUGCACAAAACCAAAAAAAGUAUAUUCCGCGAUUUUUUCUUUUCAUAAAAAUCAGCUGGUAUUCUCAAACCGCAAAGCUUAAAGAUCACAGAAAACUGAUUAUUUUCGAAAAAAAUUCCAAAUUCUCACGACGUCUUCGAAAGUUCAAAAAAUAAGCUUUUUUCUCUCCAAUAAGCUUCUCAAAUCCAAAGCUCCAUGUGUGGUCGUCGUGGAAAAUGAGGGAAAAAUGCAAAUAUUAAAUUUCUCAUAUUUUUUUGGAUUUUCUAGUCACUCAGAAAUAAUUAAAAUCCUACUUCAAAGACUUCCACAAAACUAUUGUCCACCAGAUGAAGGUUUAAAAAUGAAGAUACAACUUAAUCUUUCAUCUCAGUGACAUAAAUUAUAUGAAAGAAAUUUUUGAAUAAAAAAUGGCCAUACUCUACCUCUACCUGCGCCUCAUUGACAACCCAUCAUUUUUGGCCGAAAAAUGCCAUUUUCGUGUCGAUUUUCGCCGCUUGCGCCGAAGGACUCUUCUCAGCUCCUACGUUUAUUUUUCCCUUCUCUUUCCAAAAACAUAAGAGUUUAUUCAACAAAAAAGCUGCCGUUAGACUACAAAUGUUAUACGUACAGCUGGGGCAGUACAAGUUUUUCUCUUUCCGAAGACGAAAAAUAAAAGCUUUUGCGGAGGUAAAUAUUUUUGCGGGAUCUCGAUUCCAACUGAAUUGCCGCUUGUUUUGACCGCGCCUUCGGCCAAUUAGCCCCAAUUCCUUCCUCAUUUUUUCCAUGUCAGAUUAAAAAAAAACAGGAGAAAUGGGUUGAUAAGAUGGAAUAAUGCUUCUUGAAUUUUAAAAAUAUUCUAAAAAAAUGUUGAGAUUAUCGAAAAUAUCAUGGCAAAAAUCAAAUUCUAUUAAUGAAGCUUGAAUAAAAGGUAUUCGAAUCCAGAGUAGUCAAAAAAUUUCAACCAAAAAAUGAGCUUUUUUAAAAAAGCAGUCUAAAAAGAUUCAUCCCUUUCAACCAAAAUGACAAAAAACGAAAUAAAGAACAAAUCGGCCGCUGCUCUAUUAUUCAUACGCGCUCCAGGGGCAACACAAUCCAAAGCUGCUUCGUUUUGACACUUUCGACGUCUUCGUUUUACAUAAUUUGGACUUUCCAAGUGUAGGUUUAGUUCUUAGGUUCAGUUAUUUCGAAGAGUUUCUAGAAGAGUUGGAAAAUUUUUAUAUGGGUCUCGAAGUGAAGAUAUUUUUUUAGCAUUAAUGAACGGCAAACUCGGCGCCUUCAAACCUCAAAAACAUUAUACCAUUUUCCAAGUAACCCUUAAAAAUAAUAAAUCUACAGUAAUCAAUAGAAAGGCAUCAAAAUCCCCCGUCCCACAUUACAAGCCAAAAGUAAUCCCUGGAACUGCGGUCGUAAAAAAAAGAGAAGAAGCAUAAAAAAAGCCCAUCCACCGUAGGAUCAGAGGAAAAAAAAGAUAUUCAAAGAAGGCAAUGAGCCAUGGAAAUGACCGUAUCUUAGCCAAUAAGAGCAGAUUUUUGGCCUUCUUCGAAGGUCGAUCGCCUCCGGCCAAAUCGCACUUUUCCGACUAUUAGGCAGCUAUUUUUUCUUUUUUCUCUCUCUCUGCGCCGCACACUUAUUCGAUGGCUCGGCUCGCUUUGAAUAAAGUAUUUCGCAACUAAUUUUUUUAUAGUACAUCUGUUGCCCAAAAGUUGUGAAAGCUCAAAGUUCUGGACUAGGACACUGUAAUUAGGUCAAAGUUCUCAUUCUGAUGGAAAAAUGAGUUGGUGAUUCAAUUCAAAACUCCGAAUUUGGAAUUGAAUUACUUAGAAAAUUUUUUGUAAGACAAUAAAGAUAUACUUCAAAAAGCACUGAUAUUUGAUCAUUCGAUUUCAAUUUUUUUGAAUAAGAAAUCUGAAAAAGAAAACCGCCCAGUCACCAAUCUGAUUCUUUCUUCUUUAGAAGUUUUGAUUUUAUUUUUCAAAAAAAAACUUGCCUUAAAAAAUUGAUGACACAAAAAUUUUUUUGCAAGAUAUAACAGUGAAAAAGGUUCUCAGACAUUGAAAAAUAUCGAAUUUUUUUAAAAAAAUUUCAUUUACACUUCCAAAACAAGUCAGUCCCCUUGAUAGUCUAGACAGUCACGAAAAAAAGUUCUAUAGGAUCAUUUUUCCACAAUUAUAAACUUUAAUCUAAACCUUCAAUUUUAACUUGAAACCUUUUUUUAAUUUAAAAAAACCGUUUGAAGUAAAAUUAUGAAGCCUUCAUGAUAAGAAUUACGAAAAAAAUCUCCAGAUAUUUUCUAUAAAAAAAGGCCUAUAUGAAAAUUCGAAAUCUUUCACAAAAGAACAACCAAAAAAAGUAAACGAUAAAUUUUUUUGGCAGCCGGACAAUUUUUCACCUUUUUGUGGUGCGCCUUUAAAGUACAUCCGAGCAAUUUGGAAAAAAGAAGCAGAACAGAAAUUCGGUUUGGGGGACGAAAAAAAGACGAAUGGGGAAAAUGUGAAAGAAGCCAACUCGUUUAAUCUUGAUUAGAAGGUUUUUUCGUUCUUUGGAAUCGGUAAAGAUGGAUUUUUUGUGGAUGGAAACAGAUGAGGAAAAUUCCAAAUAGAUGAGGGAAAAAAAAAGAAUUUUUUUGACCAAAAAAGUACCUCGAUUUCGAUUUACUUUCAUGCCUUCUUCGCUUUUUCUUUUUGAAAACUCAGCUCAAACUUGGUAAAAAAAAACUUUUUUGCCCUUCCAAACUUCUUCCCAAAAAAAAUCUCAAUGAACCUCGUUUCUGCGUCGAAAUCUGGCUAGACGGACAUUUUUUGCAGUUUCUCGCUCAGCUGAUUUUCCGGUCAAACGGGCUUUUGCCCUGAAAACCAACGUCACUUCUCUUAUUUCUUCCAAGAAUCUGGGUUUCAGAAAACACAAAAUUUGUUUCCGAGCCACUUUUGGAUUCCUCGGAGAAAAUGAAUUACCAACGGAAAUUUGUGCUCGAAAUUCGAAGCAAAGUGCUUUCUCUCGGCUUUGUCUAUCCUUUUUGGGUUUUCAAGUCCCAUUCUUUGGAACUCCGACUCAGGAUCGAUUAAUGAGAAAUUUGUGGCGAUUUCUGAGACCUUUUCUUUUUUGGGGUCUUCUAGAGAUUGGGGCUGUUCAUUUCAAAAAUGAUGUAUCUCCAGAAAAGGCCAAAAAAAUCUUGAGAAGAAAAACUACCUAUAGAGAUUUUUAAAAAAAAGGUUGUCAUUUAUUUCUCCAAUGCAAUCUAGCACACUCUGGGAAAAAGUGACACCAAAAAAAAAAAUAAAGAUCUUGAAAUAUCAAAAAUAAGAAAAACAUUUCAAGCCAGUAACCUCCCAGAAACUUUUAUCGAAAAACUUUUGGAGCGCUAUCCGUUUUUGGGCAAUUUUAAGCCAUUUAGCGACAACUUUAGUGAAUUUAUAUUUAUUUCGUGUUCAAUUCUACGCACACGAAUCUGGCCCCAAAAAAAAUUUCAAAAACUUAUUUCUCUCUCUUCUUCGUUUUCCCUUUUACUUCUCAAAAAUUAAGCGACUAAGCUGCUUCAAAACUAAAAAAGAUCGACACCAAACUGAAAAAAUUUCAACAUCUAAUUUCAAAGGCUGAAAUUACCGCAUCCAGCCUUUUUUUUCGAAGAAGUAGUGUCAAAUUGUGGGGUUUUUUCGUUCUUUCACAUAAUACCUAUUUAUCCUCUCCGAAGGUUUUCUAAUCUCUUCGGGCCAUCGGUUUCCCGAAAAAGAAAAGAAAUGGAGAAGUCUUCUUUUUUUUUCUUCUCCGGGCCAAAGACUCGAUGAAGUGUUCGGUGUCAACUGCGGACUUUGCUCUUUUUCUUGAAUUUCUCGAUGGGUGGAAAUUCUUCUUUCAUCGAAAAAGAGAAGAACCCUCGAAAAUCCUUCACGGUUCACUGAAUGUCAGUGGGAAAUGGGCCAUCAAAAAAAAAAACAACAGAGCAAAAAAGGAAAAAAAAACGUCACGUUGUGUUUAUCGAGCAUCUAAUUCGAGUUGUUCGUUGCUCGAGUUCGUCUUUUUUUCGCCUUUUUUGGUUGGUUGCUUCUAACUGCGUAAACAUUUAUUUCCGUUUAUAAUUCCUUUUUUGGUGUGGCUGGAUUAGGCGUCAGUUGGCAAAGAUUCUCGAAUUUCGCGCCUUCUUUUUUUUUGAAGGCUUCAAAGCUGGAUUUUUUUCUGAGAAGGAGGAAAAAGACGAAGAACACGGGGAACGGAUAGGUCUUGAAAAGGAUGCAUAGAAAUAAAUUAAUGGCUGUUUAUAAACUUAGAAAAUUGCCUGUUUUUUCUCUUGGUUUUCAUUUUCGUUCAAGAAAGUAAGAGUUAGGCGAUUUUUUAGGUUAAAAUUUGAUUGAAAAAAAAACCUCUUCCAAAACUUUUCACACUAUAAAGUUUCAACUUGUGGUCAGAUACUUGUGAUCUGAAUAUCAAAGUUGAAAAAACACCGAUUCUUCAAGAUCUCAUUCAUUUUGAAAUUUGAAAUUUCUUAUAUCACAAAACUCGACUUCUACUUCCAAAUUUCCUCCGAAAUUGGUCCAACUAGAGCUCCUAGUUGAGUAGGAACAACUUGCUCGAGAGCUCUCUUUCGGCCUCAUUAAAAAAAUUCUUCAAAAAAACUUUUCCUCAUCUCGUUUCGUAUUCUCAUGGCUUCGUUUUUCCUUUGCUUGCCGUCAACAAAAAUUAUGAUUUUACUAUAUUUUUUUAAUCCAAAAAAAGGAAAUCACAAGGGAAAGGAAAGAAAAGGGACCGGAAAGUGACCUAACGAGGACAACAUAAAAAGUUCCGUCGUCAAGCGUGUAAUUUUCGGGAAAAGCCUGGCGCGAGGUUACUUUAUGCAUCAAUAGGUUGAAAAAGGGAUUUUCAAAGGACCUAGUAGGAAAUAAACGUUCGAAAGCAUAUGAUGAAAAAUCGAGGUAAAAAUAAACUAUUGAAAAACUAAGAAAAGUCUCCCAAAACUUAACAAAUUUCGUUUUAAAGGGUACAGAAAAUACAUUAUUUUAUCAUUAUUACUUUUCUUGAACCCGAUUCUGCCAUUUGAUUUUCUGAUAGUCGAUAAUGCUCUCAGUGCUUUUCGAAUUCGUUUCAAGACUUAACUUCAAAGUCAACGAACAGAAAGUCCCAAAAUGUUCCUAGAAAGCCAGUUUUUCUUGCAAAGCCAUCCAAUAAAUCCAGACAAAUGUUGCCGGGGUCAAAUAAAAAAGUCAACCCAACUAACCCCAUUUGGUGGCAAGACAAACUGCGCUUCUUCUCUUUUUUUUCGAUCUUUUUGCAGGAUUUUUUUUUCUAUUUGGGUGGAUUUGAGCUGAAUUAUUCAGAUUUCGCUGUCUCUAAUGAAAACUUUGCAUUGAGAGAAAUAUUGAAGCUUCCAAGAUAUUUUUAAAGACAUGAGAAUAAAAGUUACGUUAUUAAAAGAAUAAGAAGAUACCGGGCAUUUUUUUCGAAAAAUGAAUAUUUCCAAGUGAAAUUUUGAAAAAAAAUUUUUUUUGAGCUUUAUACACAACUAGCAGUUAACUGAACACUCUAUCAAAGUUUAUAUGAAAGGCUUUGAAAGUUUUCGAAACUUUCAAGAUUUAAUAUUGGGGAUAUUUCAAAAGUAUUUUUCUGUAAAAAUUAAUGCCUAGACCACCUUCGAACUCUUCAACACUUUACUCGUUGAAAGUUCGAAAAAUCAAAAACCAUUCACGAAUUAAGUGAACCCUGGCCAUUCCUGACUCUUCAACAAGUUGCCCACGCAAAGAAUAAAAAAUUUGGCACAUUUUCCCUUGAUCAACACGAAAAGCCCAUUGUUCGUGCCUUUUUUCUCCUUGCCGCCCUUCCCUAUUGUGCAAUUCCUAUGUGUGCUUUUCAUUCAAUUACUUCCUAUUUUGUUCAAAUUUUCUCAGGGAGGCGUUUCGGAAAUCGACAGAGUUUUCCAUGUUGCGAAGUUUCAGAGAGACUCAGAACUUUUGGCUGGAUGCCAAAUCAAAAUAGAAUCACCGCCCGAAAAAGUGGAUACAAUGAAUUGAAGGUCAAAAAGCUUGGAAAAGAUUGAUUGGAAAUGAAACAUUUCGAAAAAAACUUUAAAAAUAGAGUUUUGGUAAAUUUUCUCGGUUAGUGCUUACUUUCACUUCUUUAAAAUGGUCUAAAAACUUUUGAAGCUUCAAGAUCAUAAAAUUUAGCAAAAGACUUGAAAAAAUCGAGAAUUUUAAAAGACAUCCAACUAUUCAGAAAAAUCUAAAAAUUGUGAAAUUAAGUUUAAAAAAAAGAAGUGGAGAAUGUAUCAUAUCUGAUGUAUUGUCAUGAUCUUUCAGUUUCGCUUCUUAUACAUUUUUUGAAGCCUUCUAAAAUAUUCAACCUUUUUAAGUCCCUACAUGAGACUCUAAACAAAACUUCUCAUCAUGACUCCCAUAAAUCCCAUCAUCCUCCCUUCGUUAAUUGAUUCAAAAGACAGGAACCUCCUUCAGAAGGCAGGAAAAACAAUGAAGAGCCGCCAGUCUAAUUGGUAAUUAAUCGGAGCGCGGCCACGGCGAAUUUGCAUAACUAAGCCAAUAUUCGGCUCAUCUUCAUUAACGCCAGAAAAGGGAUUUCACGCGCCAAACAUACAUAAACAACGAGUUUUGGGGGGACUUUUGGGUUGGCAAAAAAUGUAGUUUAACUUCGUCUUGGCACGCAACACCUCAUGUCUUAUUCAUUGAAGUUUUAGGUUGGGUCUAAAUUAUUGGAAAGGUACGAAGGUAGUGAAAGGGGGGAUAAAAAAAUGAUUCAUGAGCCCCUUAGCUUGUCCAGAAAGAUAACAAGAGCAAAAAAAUAUUUUACCCGCUUAAAAAUUCGCGAUUUUUUUCUUACUCUACUAAAAAAAUAUCUCACGGAUUAUUUUUCCUGAUAAAAAAAUAUCUACUCAUUUCAAAAAUCAAUAUUUUUCCGCCCGAUAAGGCUCUCUUUAUACAUUAAAUUAACCUCCAAAAACUACCGUUUUCCCAGAUUUUUUAUAAUUUUAGUCAUCAGAUACGAACGUUACAGCUAGCUUCAGCAUAUCUCAAACUAAAAAAACAAAAAUAAUAUAUUAUAAAUCUAUUUUUACCCAAAUGAAAAACAGACUGAAAGCCUCAAUUUUGCAGGAACUUUGGCCAUCACAUCGCCUAUUCGGUGCGAAGAUUGCUCAAAUCGCCGCGCAGCUCGCCGACCAAAUUGUUCUUCAAGAGAAAGGACGAAACCUACUCCGACCUCAGGUUUCCAUCUUUUCCAACUCAAGUUCAAAGUUCACGCGAUUUUUUUCAAGCUACGGGGAGGGAAAUUAUAGGAAAAUCAACGAUUUUGAAGUCUUUGAUAAAGUUCUUUCUGCUUCGAGAAAUUGGGGUCUUAACUCAAAAACUCACUCCAUGGGAACGAACCAGGAAAAAAAAUAAUAAACUUUCUUUUUUUCUCAAAACCUUUGAAUGAUAUGAGAAAAAAAAACUACAAUUACAAAAAAUAAAAAGCUUGAAAAUCAAAAAUGAAGCAAACAUUUUAAAAUCGACUCAAAAAGGCGUAUUUUUUUAAAAAUCAAAAAGUGAAAAAGAAAGGAUUGCAAAGUUACAAAAAAGAGCAUAGUCGGGGGUCAUAACGGUAUUGAAGAGAAGGGUUUAAGGUAAGGAGAAGAAGAUCAACAUCUUAAAACACCACAGCGAAGACUUUUGAACCUUCUUGAACAAACUUAUCGGUCUUCGCAUUCAAAAGCUUCAAGCUCCUGAUGAAAAUAUACAGUUUUAACUUCGCUGUGGAAAAUAACAAGGUUUAUUUACACGAGUGAUAAUUGAACUUCUCGGUUUGGAAUUUUCUAGAAAUUAGCUCAACCACUUUCUGAAGGUCUAUAUUAGACCCCCUUAUAGACACUAUCUGCGCAAACUUCUAUUUUUAAAGAAAUGAUUUUUCAGUUUUCCAAAAUUUGAGUUUCAAGCCAAGCUUUUAAAACACUUACCCCUUAAAACACUUAUCUUUUGCAGCACCCCGAACUCGACGCGCAGCGUUUCGUUCACAGAGGCGCUCACAUGGCCGUUCAUCGACGACGACGUCGCCGCCGAGUAA